GUUAUAUUUUUUGUAAACACUUUUACUCCAUGGCACGUUUUGAUUUGACAGUACCGCUGUCUUAGUUUUAACUGCACACGUUGUACUUUCAAUAAGUUGGAGUGUUUUGUGUUUUAGACUAAUAGACUGUUCGAUGGCCGUUAAGUGUGGUUUAAGUUCAAUCUGCGCUCAGUGUGCAAAGUAGUUUUCUAUAUUUUUUUUCAAAAGUUGUACUGGAGUAAGGGAGCCAUACAGAUCAAUAGAUCAAAUUUUAAAAGACAAGAUCACCACUAUUAUCUAAGGAAAGUGCAUGCCAAGUUUCAUCAAGAUUGAUCUAACGGUUUUGAUUUCUAUAAAAAAAAAUACUUACUCCUUACAAUCUACUUUAUAUAUUAGAUAUAUAAAUGGGUGGGGUGAUAAGUUCUAUGAAGAAUCUUGAAACUAUUCCAGAGAGGCUCCAGUAUUUGUCUGAGAAGGAUCCAGACAAGGAGUUGUACAUCUUCUACAACUGCGGGGUGCGUGAUGCGUACACUUGCAGAGAACUGUUUACCCUGGGGGGAAGGUUUGCUUACAGGUUGCAUCAGCUGGGGUUCCAGAAAGGUGACGUCAUCGCCAACACUCUGGCCAACUCUCCAGAACGUCUGGUCACGGAUGUCGGCAUUGUUAUGGCCGGAUGUAUCGCUUUAAAUGGGCAGGUCCUACUAGCAGACGGUUCCGAUUUCUUCCAUUCUGCCAAGACGAGCAGAAGUCGUGCAGUCAUUGUGGCAGAUGAAGGACCCGCCUGGCAGCUCGUGAACAAAUUCAUUUCUGAUGACGUUCGAGAUGGUUGGUUGUCUCCCUUAGCAGUUGCAGAUGCGCCAGAACUGAAGUCUGCCAUUGUUGUAUCUAGACGUGGUAAGUCGUUUCUCCAAGAACUCAAGACUGGAACCCAGCCGACGUUCCUCAGCCCAUCAGAGCCUGAUGAUAUUUUGAUGGUGAUGACCACCUCUGGCAGCACUGGCUACUGCAAGCUUGUACCCAGGACCCACAGAGACACCAUCUCUAAGAGCGUGCACCAAGCAGACGAGAUGUCAGCUGGUGUGGAGUGGGCGCAGUCUACGGAUAAGAAAUAUAUCUUCUACAGUGAUCGGAUGCUGGGUUGGAGUGGCGGUUGUUCUUUUUACUCCUUCUGCCAGGCAGACACUAGAGUGAUGCUGGACCAGUUCUCUAGUUCUUCCAGUAGAGACAAAGCCUCUGAGCUGUGGGGGGCGGUGGAGGCUGAGCAGUGCCAGACCUGUGUCUUUGUGGCUCAGGAAAUGGAGAAUGUACGAGAAAGUCUCCAGAAAUCUGGAGGCCCCAGGAAGAAGCUAAACAUGGUGAUCAUUGGAGGCCAGCCUUGUAGAAAGAGGCAAAUCCAAAGUGCAUUUUGCCUCGCUGAAAAUGUUUACACGCUCUACGCUUCAACAGAGGCGUAUCCUAUAUCAAGCAUUCAUCUCAAAGAUGCCAACUAUGAAUCCAAUAACUGUGGUCGCGUUGUGAAAGGAAUGUUUGUUAAAGUCUGUCGUGACAAUGGAGAACUUUGUGAAACAAAUGAAACAGGCACAAUUUAUAUCAAAGGACAAUACUUAUUCCCAGGAUACUUUAAUCGAUUUGAAAACCCCAAUCCACAGAAUCUGAAUGUCUUCACAGCAGACGGCUGGUUCAAUACUGAGGACUACGGUCACUUCAACGACCACGGCGAGCUCUUCGUGUUUGGUAGAAUCAAGGACAUCAUCACGUAUGGGUCGUCCGUCUUCUACCCAGGAUGGCUGGAGAAAAAACUGGUCGAACACUCGGACAUACAGGAAGCCGUCAUCGUCCCAGUUACGGAUCCUGUUCUCUAUCAGAACGUGUGUGCCUGCAUCAGACUCAGACAAAGCAGUGACCUUGACCUAGACAAACUCAAGGACUACUGUGAUGCCAUAUUUUUAGCAGACGUGUCCGUCUGCUUGACACCUAAACCGAAAUACUUUAUCAUCAUGAAGGAAGAGUUCCCCUACACCAGCACAGGUAAGCCAGAUAAGCAGCUGCUGAAACGGAGGGCCGAGGAGAUGUUUGGUUAUUCUGGGAAAACUACAAGCACAAAACAAUAAACUCGAUGACCUUUGAGCAAAGUCAAACUCAAUCUCAGUUCUGUCCAUUUCUGAACUACCAGAUGUCAAUGAGCACAGAGAACCUGUCGUUUAAUGCAUGGCCUAUCUGAGAAGUGUUGUUUUGUUUCUGUAAAUUAAAAAUUAGUUAUAAAAUUAAGAAUACUCAUACAUUCAUUACAAGAAAAGGCGAAAGCUGUUGAUGAUCAUAGGUAGCUUUUGUAAUUGGUUCACCUCGAGGAAAAAGUUUGUCAAAUUAGAUUUUAGAUUAUACUUUUUUUUUUAAAUCAAAGAUACUAACAUGAAAGACAAAUAUCAGCAUCACAAUAGCAGCACUCUUUGCAAGACGGAGAUAAAUAUGUUGCAUUUGGUCAAGUUAAUUCUCUUCCUCUUGAUAGGAGAGCGUGAAUCUUGAGACCUGCUGGUUGAGCUACCUGCAUCUUGGGCUUUUGUAACCUGCGUAUCGAACUUGCAAAUUGAGGUCAGCGUGUUUAAUUACUUGCAUCUUGGGAUCUUGUAACCUGCGUAUCGAACUUGCAAAUUGAGGUCAGCGUGUUUAAUUACUUGCAACUUAGAGCCUGCGUGUUUAACUUACAUCUUGAGAUCUGCUUCUUAGGACCUGCGUGUUGAGCUGAGAAAUAUCAACAAUUCACAAAGUCAUUAUCAAGAAUCAAGACGAGAACCUGAUUGUAAAUAAAUUAAUAAAACAAAAACAUGAUUGUGUUUCAGUGUCAAUAGAUUCAUACAAUUUUUAAUUAGGUCAUAAUGUUAUACCACACCAUAUUAUGUAUACCUCUAAGUCUGUGGCAUUUUACGUCUCGAGAGACGAUCUUUUCCCUUUGCAACUUCUAUUCUAAGACACCAUCAUUUAUACUGUGAAUUUUUUUUGUUUUAAUUUAGUCAAUCAUAAAUAGCUAAUUAUCAGAAGGGGAUUGAGUCUAUAGACUUAAUCAAAGCCAAUAAACUUGAAAAACGACAAAUGAUGAUUGCGACUCAAUUAAAAGAAUUAGAAAAAAAGUGGAAUUUAUGAUUAUCACAUAACUGAAAACUGAUAAGCAUAUGAAUAUACAGUGGAUGCUCAAUGUAUUUGUUUCAACUGCACAUCAAAUAUUAAAAUCUUGUUUAUGGACAUGAACUUUGAAUAUCUCACUACUCUAUUAUAAUGUGUUGUUGUAAAAAAAUAUAUAUAUCUGGUUUGCUUUGGAUAGUACCUGUCGGUGCGGUGCGUAGAUUAUGGUAUUAGCACCAAUGUUUAUUAAGUGCACAUUUUUUGAACGCACUUUCUUUGUUGCCUUGCUGCUUGUAGGCUUAUGGAGUGGUUUUGUUAUGCUGGUGUAACGUUUGUUGAGAUUCUUAUAUGUUCCCCUGUUUAGGAUGAGUAUCUAAGGCAUGACUGCAUUUCGCAGUUGUUUCGAUGCCAUAGUAUACUAGACCUUUUGUUAGUUUGUCUUUACUAUUUGUUUCUACAGGGAGUUAGUUAUGGGAUUAUCAAGAUUUACAUUGGAGUUUGUUAUCGGCAGUGUGACAGUGUUGAACGUGUGGCGUUGUGGGAUAGCAAGGUGCAGAACUAUUGUUUAAUUACUAUAACCACAAUAUUCGAAUAUUUUAGAUUCAAUGUCAUUACUCCAUCAGUUGUCAUUAUUACUUAUAUUCAUGUCAUUAAACAGUUACAUUGUUAACAGUGAGUCAAUUAUUUAUUGUAAGCACGAAGGUGCCUGUUGAAUGUCAGGGGCCCGGGCAUACGAGCUAAGGCUUUAACAUAACCCUGACAGUACCGGAUGAUGUUUGUUUUAUAUUGUUAUAAUUUUAUAGUAAAUAAAACACUAAAACAUGUAAUAUUUAA